CUAUCAGUUGGUUCACAAACGUUACACAGAAUGGCAGACAGAUAUCACGGCUAUGGGCGCCCCCCUCACGGUUACCCCCCUGGACCUCCCGGGUCGGGCCACCCUUUCCCUCCUUACCCCCAAGGUCCCAACGUAGUGUUUUACCCAGUGCACCCCGCAUACUUCUACCCCCCUUACGCUCCCCCUCCACAAGUGGCUGACCCAGGAAUCGAAGUGGCAAUCGUUGAUGACGGUCCUACCAUGCCCGGAGAAACCGUUGAAUUGCCCUACAGUACAUACCGUUGGGUCCCAGCAUGUUUGAGCCAGAGGAGCAUCCCCAUGGGAGCUCUACGAGUUGGCAAUGACGCUGAUGGGGAACCGAUCUACGCUGGCAGAGCGCACCACAGCGGAGACCUGCUGCCCGCGAAGGUGAUCCCGGCUAAGAACGUGGCAUACGUCUGCUAUGGAGGAGAGGAGGUUCUUGUAGACCAGUUUGAGGUGCUAGUACCAGCCAUGUUCUCCUGGCAGUUCGCGACAGGAGGCAGCGUCCCCCCCGGUGCUGUGGAGGCAGGAGUCACAGCUGACGGCGAGAAACUGUACUAUGGCAGAGUUACACAUGACGGUUGCACUACACCUGGCAAGAUCCAAGAAAGCCACGGUGUAUGCUACUAUCCCUUCGACGGCGAAGAAAGAAGCUCAGCUGAAUAUGAGGCUCUUGUUCUCAUGUAAAUUUAGUUCUAAAGUCACGGUUAACCGUCCCUAUUUGCCAUUAAGUACAAGGUAUUGAUUUAAUUUAUAUACUUAUUUAUUCGAACAGCCAGUAAUGCUUAACAGUAUCUGUCAGUCAUUGUAGCUGUUAAAAUUGUUGCUCUUUGUAUGAAAAUAAACGUAUUAUUUAUA